UUGCUAGGCAGUCUCAUCAAACCUGCACUAUUUCUUCUUCCUGUAGUAUAAAUUUCUAUCCAAAUAUUCUCUGCAGUUAUCAGCAGUUUCGGUACUGGCAAUGUUACCUCUAUUUCUACCUUCCUUUCUUCUCCUUGGACUCCUUAAUUCCUUACCAUUUUCUCAUUCCCUCCAUGGCCAACAACAAAAACUAGAACAACCCACUUUGCCUCCCAACCAGCUUUGCAAUGAAAAAUGUGGACAACUUCAACUACCCUUCCCAUUUCACUUGAACAAGUCUUGCAGUUCAGUCUCUGAUGCUUUCCACCUCUCUUGCCAAAACUCAACAACCCUUUUCCUCAACAUUGGUUCCGAAAGCUACCGGGUGCUAGACUUCUUCUCUGAUGGCCUACUAGUGGACUUUCCGGGCUCCUCUUCGUGCCGCCAGUACAACGACUUGAACUCCUUCGAUUUCUUGGGAAAUGACUAUUUCGGAGUUGCGGUUGAAAAUGUGGUUGGCUUAUAUGAUUGUGAGGACUCUUCUUUGUGCAAGACAGAUUGUGAAACAAAUGACUUGCCUGGUUGUGAUGGCAACGAGAACAGCUCUCCUGCUUGCUGCUACCCUCUCUCUGAUCAUAGCGUGUGGCAUCUUGGUGACAAGUUUUCGGUUUUUGCCAAGUUUGGAUGCAGGGGCAUUUCCAGUUGGGUUGUACAAAGAGGGUCUAACUUGGGGAAGAGAGGGGUAAAAUUGGAAUGGGCAGUGCCAAAGAACUCAUCCAAGGAAGUUUGUGAUAGCAGUGCUUAUAUUACUAAUGCAACAGUAGUUGAAGGAGGGGUGAGAUGCAUGUGUCCAGAUGGGUUUCUUGGUGAUGGCCUUGCAGCUGGUGCAGGGUGCUUGAAAUCAUGCAUCAAGGACAGAAAGGAAGCAUAUGGCAAUGAUUGCUUAAAGAUAAAGCAUGGUGGCCGGAAACUUGCAAUUUUAGCCGGAGUUCUAGCUCCAGUUUUCAUCAUAGCCUCCUUGAUUUCACUUUUGUAUAUACUAAAGCGGCCUGCUAAACCCAGAACAUUUGAUCCUGCUCGGAAAGUCCAUUUUCACAGCACCAAGUCAUUCCGAAAAGCUAGUAGGACGCGGCUAUUCACGUACCAUGAGCUAGAGGAAGCUACCAAAGGGUUUGAGGUGUGUCAGAAACUUGCACAUGGAAACAAUGGCACAAUCUUUGCUGGGGUUCUUGGUGACGGAUCGCAAAUUGCGGUGCACAAGGUAGAAUGUGAGAAUGAAAAAGACCUAAUUCAAGUCCUAUCACAAGUCGAGGUUUUAUCUUCUGUUUUGCACCGAAAUAUCGCGCGAUUUAUUGGGUGCUGCAUUGACUUGGCCUAUACUCCACUACUGGUAUACGAACAUCCUGCGAAUGGUACCCUCGAGGAUCAUUUGCAUCAAAACGGAGGACAAAAUGUUGCUCUUGACUGGUACAAGAGGCUGAGCAUUGCUGCUGAAACAGCAAGUGUUCUUGCCUUUUUGCAAUACGAAAUUUCUCCUCCCAUUUUCCACUGUGAUCUCAAAUCUGCCUACAUCUUCAUUGACGAUAACUUUUCUAGCAAAGUUGCCGGAUUUGGGCUACUGAAUUCGAGUCCUGGAGAUAGUUCUCAGUCACACAAUCACGAAGGUUCGCGCUUUCAGCACAAUGAUGUUUACGCUUUUGGUGUCAUGCUAUUUGAGAUGAUUGCAGGCUCAAAUUGCUUGGACUUGCCGGCAGUAGCCCUGCAAAAGAUAAGGAGUGGGAAGGUGGAAGAGAUUGUGGAUCCACUUCUCUACUAUCAUGAGCAACCUUCGCACAGGCGCGAGCAGAUAGAGGUGGUUGCAGACCUUGCCAUGAGGUGCCUGUUGUUUGGUGGAGAUGGGAAGCUGGGAAUGUAUGAUGUUGUGCGCGAAUUAGUACAUAUUAGAAGGGACAGCAGUGAUGGAGGGAGCAAGAGAGGGCCUGGACUAGAGGAAACAUUUUCGAACUCGAGCCUGCUUCAGAUGAUUUCGAUGUCUCCUGAUUCGAAAUAUGUGCCUUGAAUUUGUUAUAAUUGGUAAAAAAAUAUGUGACUGCAGCUCAACAAAAUUUGCAGUUCAUUUCACUUUCCAUAGAGGUUUUACAUGUCUUUCUUUGCUGCUUCUAUGUGUUGUACAUCAGCUGAUCA